AUGAGGCUCUCAACACUUGCCACGAUCUCAUGCCAACUCCUCCUGGCAGCGUCACUGCCAAUCUCGACCACUGAAAUAUCCUCCCGAAACAACGGUAUCGCACAAGCCUCUACGGAUUCCAGUCUUGCAGACCGAAGCAUCGCACAAAGCGCCGCGACAACUCCCUCAAAAGCCACCGAAAAAGAAGCUGCCGCAGGCGAGGCAGGCACAGCCGAAGGAGGUGCAGCCGGAGGAGCAGAAGGCGGCGCUGCCGGCGGCGAGGAGGCAAAGGAUCCCAACGAAAAGGAGAUUGAAGGGCAAUUCAUCGUUCCCGUGCGGUUAGGCGGCGCGAAUGUUAAGCAAGAUGUUCUCUUUCCUCCUGCAAAAAAUGGACGUUUCGAGGUCGAGUUCCAGAACGCAGUCGGUCGAACCCUCACCGUAACAGAAAACAGGUCUCCUGCGCCGCCUCCCGCGGGCUUCACCGCUAUUGAGGCGGUGUCGUACAAAGUCAGCCUCGCGGAAGGCGCACAGGGUGUGACUCUCUCAAAGAUUGAUUACAUUCUCAACCCAGGAAAUACCCUCGAUAUCAGCAAGGGACAAGUAGGCCGCCUCUUCCCGGAACUCAACGCCUUCAUCAUCGACCCGGCUCUCGGUGAACUCGAAUUCGAAGCCGAGGAGAAUGAGUUGACCUUGAAGGUUGCCAACAUGAAUGGAGAGUUCGCCUUCUUCCUCCCGCAGGCUGGUGCUGCUGCCGGUGCGGCUGCAUAG